AUGGCUUUUUCGGAUUUGUCAAAUAAUUUUUACAAUGAUAUUUGUCCCGAAGCUUUACCAACCAUUAAACAGGUUGUUGAGGAUGCAGUCAGGCAAGAGAGGCGAAUGGGUGCCUCUUUGCUACGAUUACAUUUUCAUGAUUGUUUCGUUAAUGGUUGUGAUGCCUCGAUUCUUCUUGAUCAAACGUCUAUUAUCGAUAGUGAGAAGACUUCUCGUGCUAAUAACAAUUUUGCCAGAGGAUUUGAAGUGAUCGAUCAAAUUAAAUCGGAGGUUGAUAAAGUUUGUGGACGGCCAGUUGUAUCUUGUGCAGACAUCUUGGCUGUUGCAGCUCGUGACUCUGUAGUUGCUUUACAUGGACCAACAUGGGAAGUGCAACUAGGAAGAAGGGAUUCCACUACAGCAAGUAGAACCACUGCCAACAAUGACAUUCCAACUCCAUUCAUGGACUUACCCGCACUUGUGGACAAUUUCAAGAAGCAAGGUUUGGAUGAAGAAGACCUCGUUGCUCUCUCCGGUGGACACACACUAGGGUUUGCUCAGUGUUUCACUUUCAGGAAUCGCACCUACAAUGAGACUAACAAAAUUGACUCCACCUUUGCAAGCCAACGCCAAGCAAAUUGUCCUCGUAGUGGAGGUGAUUCCAAUCUUGCUCCUCUUGAUCCUACACCUGCUCUUUUCGACUCGAAAUAUUUCAGUAAUUUGGUGUCUAAGAAAGGGCUUUUGCAUUCUGAUCAAGCACUAUUUAGUGGAGGAGAGACUGAUGAGCUUGUUAAAGCCUAUAGUACAAACCUAAGGACUUUCUCGAAAGAUUUUGCUGAGUCUAUGAUUAAGAUGGGUAAUAUCAAGACGUUAACUGGGAAUCAAGGUCAGAUUCGUAUUGAUUGCAGGAAGGUGAAUUAA